GCUUUCCGUCUCCGUGGUUGUUUCAGACCGUUGUAAAGGUUACAUGCAUUAGGGAACGCUCAGAGGCCGCGUUUUUGUGUGCCUUAUAAUUUCUAUCUUUUGUGGCCCCGGUUGAAACUGAGCACGGGAAGAGCACAGCCGCUGACUGUAUCUGCUAGUGAACGAGUGCGCGCAGUGAAUGCGUGGUGUACGACUCCGAGCUUGACGUCGGUGUAAGCGAAACCUGAACAUGGCAAAUCUCGAUUGUCCUGCUUUGCCGAAGGGCUGGCGACGCGAGGAAGUGAUUCGUAGAGGCGGGCUGUCAGCUGGGAAAGUUGACGUCUACUACUACAGUCCUGGAGGAAAGAAGUUUCGCAGCAAGCCUCAGCUGGCACGCUUCUUGGGUGAUGCCAUUGACCUGAGCACGUUCGAUUUCCGCACGGGCAGGGUCAACUCUUUGCUGCUUCGCAAAAGCCGCAGGCAGCGAGGCACACAAUUUGACUACAGCCGAGGGAUACGCAACGAUGCCUCUCUUGUGCCUCCCAUCAGGCAAACAGCCUCAAUCUUCAAGCAGCCAGUCACUGUGGUACGAUCACAGGAAGGCAAAGUACGCUCAGACUUUAAGCAUGGCCCUCCAGACAAACCAAAACAGCUUUUCUGGGAAAAGAGAUUACAAGGAUUGCAAGCAUGUGACCGGGAUCAAGAAGCCCUUCAAAGUUUUGAGCUUCCCAGGAACAUGAAAGGUGUGGGCCCCAAUGUCAGCCAGGAGACCCUUCUUCGGAGCAUAGCCACAGCUCUGCAUAUGAGUGCACAACCUGUCACUGGGCAGACUGGCUUACGUAGCGCGCUCGACAAGCACCCGGGCAUCUAUCUCAACCCGGACCAGCCUCUUGUUCAGGCCCUGAAUGUAACUGAUGAAGACAUUCGGCGCCAGGAAGAGCAAGUCCAUCAUGCUAGAAAGAAGCUGCAGGAAGCCCUGGCUGAUCUGCCACCCUAGCUUCAUGCUUUGGUUGACAGAAAUAA